GCCCAAUAGUUUCAGAUAUGCCGUUUUAUCUCGCGGUUAUCUAGAACGUUGCUAAAUCUUUCAAUUUCUGGUGCAGUGCUAUUAUGUCCACGGCAGUGUUGGUGUGAGACCCCAGUGGUAUGUGCUCCUAGCGGAUUGACGGGACGCAAUCGGUCGGAGAUGGUCGAUUCUUACAAACUGAAGGAAUGGAUAAGCUGGCCACUGCUCAGGGCUCACGCGUGCACCGCAGCCGUAGCUGUGAGCUUCCACGCCACGUGGAGAGCUCCUCGGGAAGCCUUCAUCCAUGGAGGGCUGCAGUACGGACUUGCAGUCACUCUGUCAUUGUUGGUCGUGGCGCUGCCGCUGGCGUUGCUGCAGCUAGCAGUGGGACAACUAAGCCAGCAAGAUGCCGUGGGAGUGUGGAGGGCUGUUCCUUUUUUUAGAGGCGUGGGCUACAUGCGAUUGUUCAUAUCAUUCCUUGGCUCUAUUUACUCCGUCAUUUACCUGGCCAUGACCGUGACGUAUUUCCUCUACACACUGAGUAAUUCGCUACCGUUUUGGGAAUGCAUUGAACUGGUUCUCGACCAAGAGGACUAUGUGAAUACCGUGAACGCUUCUACAUGUCUCCAAGAUACGUUCAUGGGUCCAAUAGAAGACAGACCGGAAUAUUAUCUGGCUGUGGCCCUAAUUAUUCUGGUUCUUUGGAUAGUAUUUCCUUUUAUAGUGUUUUUCAGUUUUUACAAUCCGGUAAAACUGAUGAAACGGAUAUUCUACGUGUUGGGACCGUUGGUGAUAUUGUCGUUUGUGGUGAUCAUGGCCUGUGUCAGUGACGGGGACAACUUGAAGGCCCUGGUCACCACCUCCGACUGGACGAGCUUCCUGGAGCCCAGCAUAUGGCACGGCGCCAUCACACAAGCGCUCCUGACGGCUCAGAUCGCUGGUGGCUUUCUAAUCUCCGCCGGUGAUACCGUGUACUCCAGUACUAACGUGCAGUGGACAUCACUUGCGAUAGUGGGAGCGAAUAUACUGUCAACGUGGGUGAGUCUGGUCUUCUGGUACUCCAUUAGUGGCCCAGACAAGGAUACCACCGUAUUCGCGGUGCUCGUCCAGGCAUACCAGCUCGGAGAAGACUCGUCGACCGAUCUCGCCUGGCCACUGACCAUAUUCCUCACUUUACUUCUCUCAGGAUUGAUAACUAUGCUCUCUCUCCUGUACCCCGUGUACGACCGAUUCCGUCGCAUUGGUGGGGUCAAAUGGCGACUGCUCUCGUUCCUGGGGUCUGUGGUCAGCGCCUUCAUCUGCCUCGCUGUGCUGUGGGGUCGGCUGCCAGUCCUCAACCUGUUGGCAGACUAUGCCGUGCCGCUCCUCAUCAGCAUCGCCACCGUGCUCGAGAUAUUGGCUUUCGUGUUCAUAUAUGGUUGGAAGGUUCUUGUGGAAGACGUGGAGUUUCUGACAGGACGAGAUUUGCCGAAGGUGUGGGUGUUGGGAUGGUGUGCCGCCCCGGGCAUUAUAGCACCGUUCUCCUUUUGGUGGGUGACGAUGUGCUUCAUACAAGACCGCACCUGGUCCGAAGCUCCAUGGCCGGCCCUCACCAUCAUCUCGACCGCGGUGGUGGCGUUACUCAUAUUCAUUAUGUUUGCCGCAGUGGGUAUCGCGAAGCAGGUCCAAUAUGACUUUGUUGGGAAGUUGAAGUCAUCGUUCAAGCCAUCGCGUCACUGGGGGCCGAGAGACCCGAUCACCCACUACUACUGGCUGGCCCGGCGGGAUGAACUAGACAGAGGUAACGUGCACCGCAGGAGGUACCAGAGGAGGCAGCUAGGACAACUGUCGGGGAGACCGAGCUUCCUAAAUUUGCCAAGUUCUGUCGAAGAAAAGACCGAGGCUUCAUGUAACAUUGACAAAGUGCGGUCGAACUCCGACGACUGGCUGUACACCGUGUACAGGAGGCAGCAGCCAGCCGCAGCCAGUGGCAAGCAGCGGGCCAAGUCUCUAGACUGGACCUUCCCCCACAUGAAAGUGCCUGCUACGACGGAACUGAAGACUUUGGAUUGCAGCAGCUUUACAAUGGAGUCGUUUCAGUCGCAAGAGAGCCAUUACAACGUGUCCAAGUUGUCGUACAGCGGCAGCUCCCCCCUCCAUGAUAUUAUAGAUAGUACUCCUCAUGAUAAAUCGGUGGAAAAGUUUUGAAUUGUAAGGUGAGGUCAUUUUCUACCGUGACGUGGAUAUUAAUUAAUCAGACAUCCGCCUUUAUGAUACAGGUACUUUAUACUUUUGGACAUUUGUACACAUUCUGCAGCAAGCAUUGUUUAUGUGAGUAAAAUGAACAUUGGGGAAGGUUUACUUAUUCAUUGUUAGUAGUAAACACACCGACAGCCGACAGAUGUGCAGCUGAAACUGGCCAUGGAACAACAAACCAUAUUUCUGUCAAGGAAACAACGCUCUAAAGUUAUUUUUAUGCCAUAUUAUGAAUAAAAAUACGGAAUAUAGUGUCCUGCUCCACGUGACAUUACGACCUCGCCGGGAAAUGAGCGUAUCUUACUCAUUCAUAGCUCCUUUGUUGGCGCACUGAGCCAUUCGUAUGUCCGUCACGACCGCUCGCGGCGAACUACACGUCGCGGCGCAGGCGCAAACUGUCUAUUAACGUCUACUCGAGUCAGUAAUGUCAUUUGUAUGACGAUAGUUAGGUUCAUAAACUAUUGGCUUUAGUUCUCAGCGCAGAUUUUUAUGUGAUAUGGAAUUAUCAGUUAGUUAGUCAAUGGAUUUAUAGAGCUUCGUACCACCGCCACGUAGGAGUAAGGAUUGGUCACGCAUAUGUGCACAAGUUCACAAGUAUUAUAGUUACAGGCUUACAGUCGUACUGCUCGGCAAUUCCAGCGUCAUUGUUUUUCUAAGUGAUAAUGAGAAGUAAACAAAGACUAAGUAAAAAGUUAUAAUUUAUAACUAAGUAGGUUAGAGAACCAUGCCAAACACUUGAGGUUUUGCCAAUGAACCUAUAAAACCUACGCAGGCUAAUAAACCUCGAGCUAAGUAAUAAAUACAGUUGAUUAGUGCGACUGUGGGCGCAAUGUCGGACAAAUAUUUGUGAAUGGUGAACAAUUGUAAAUACAUAAUAAAAUGUCACCGGAAAAUAACAGGAACCGUAAGCUUAUACAUUUCCUAGGACAAUCAUAAACUUGUGUAGGAUUCUAAACGAGAGAUAAAUUGUAUUAUUUUAUUCCACAUGUUCCACAUAUUCAUAAAAUCAAUUUGCGACGUCUUGUCGUAAGUAUAUAAAACUUAUACUACCAAUAACAAUAUAACUACCAAUCAAUGAAAAUAUGGAAAAUAACAUACUGCUCUCUGGUUGGUUGAUAUUGACAUUUGCAUUUGCAAGGAACACGUGACUUAUCCAAACAAUCCGAGCUGAUUCCGUCAGUUUUUAUGAAAAUGGGGUAUAAACUUGUGCGAUAACUUAUUGUGGCUAACGUGGAAGUUGUGGAGUUUUCUAACUCGUUUGCAAAGUCCAAUGGCUUUAAGCCUGACCAACCUAGGUACGUUGUGUACGGUGUGGUGGUGGUAGGGUAGACUUAUCAAUAUUUCCACAUAAUCUAUCAAUUUUGAUACCUGAUAUCAGAUACUGACCGGUUGUUGUCCUUGAUUUCAAAGAAUUUGCGUUAUCUUUUCUUGAUCAAAGGCAAAAAGAAAAACAAGAACAUGUAAAUAAAGAAUUGACGCGAAGGGACUUUUAGAGUAUUUUACUCAGGAAUGCAUAAACCAAAGAAGUAUAGCAGAAUGAGAAGUACCUAUGCACAGCAGUAGGUGAUCCUGAGCUGAUGUGAAAUGUUACGAGGGAGCCAUGCUUCGACCAUGGCUCGACUGGAGUGGUACUAUUCUCUCACAGAAAAAAGGCGUGAAACAACGCUUGCGUGGCAGUAAGGGAACCGGAGACCCAAUCUCCCACCUCACCCCAAAACCCCAAUCCUUAAAAAGCCUGUAAUUCCUCUAGUAUACUCCCAGUAUCGGUGCGCGCAGCUGAUCGUUCACCAUCAGAUGAUCUGUCUGCUCGUUUGCCUACCCACCUAAACAAUUGAGAAAUUCAUAUAGUUCUGAAGUUUUUUCCAUACUUCGUUUAUUUUUCAUUUGUCAUCGUCAUGUCAGCUCAGGAUCAGCAUCCGAGAUCCAAGAUUACACUCAACGAUGACGUAAUUUAAUAUAUUAUUUGUAAUUUUAUGAUUUUAGUGUAAUUGUUCUCUUAUAUGUAUUUAUAUUUAAGUUAAUUUAUUCAAGUUAAAAUUAUCGAAUUAUGAAUUCUUGUAAAGACAUUAGAUUAGUUGAAUAUUUUUUAGGAAAUUUUGUUUGUUGAUUGUCAUCGAUGUAACUUUUUUAAAGAAUAUCAAGGCGUGUUAGCCACCUCUCGCCUGUAAGCGAUUGUAACAUUUUUACUUAUAAUGGAAUUGUCUGUUGUUUUAUGUACUAAUGUAUACAAUUGUUGGUGGGCCAAUAAAGAUACAUAAAUUAA